CCUCCCAUUGGCUGCAGCGAGACGCUGGCCGUCUCUCUGUUUCUUUCGCUCCCUCUUCGUCAAAUGUUCUUGGACCUGCCGGUGCUGAUCUUUGCGAUGGGCUGACAGCGGUAGCGUUCACCUGUAGAUUGCGCACCCCCAAAUUUUGAUUAACCGCUGGGAUUAAAUUCACUUUAUCACAUUUUUUUUUUCAUUGUUGAAAUUGACGUAUUUUUUGUGCAAGAAUUUUAACCUGCAUGGAGGGAUGUUGGCAUGGCUUGCACGAGAAGAACCAAAACUUUGGUGUCGACAUGCGUAAUCUUGAGCGGCAUGACCAACAUUGUGUGCCUGCUCUACGUCGGAUGGGUGACUAAUUACAUCGCCAAUAUUUACAUCAAAGUGCCCAUGCCUUUCCCCGAGAGAAAGUUCGUGGAGGGGGACAAAAGAUCCGGAGACACUCUCCGGCUCAUGGAGCGACUUGAUCGCCUGGAGAAUGUGGUCAACCAACACAUACAAGAGGCUCCGAGUCGAGGUGAGGAUGAGCAGGCCGACACGUCCUUCUCCGACUCGUCUCUCUUCGCUCACUGGGGUCAGGAGCUGAGUGCCGACAAUCGAAGAGCAGCGCUCAAGAUGUUCCAGUACUACGGCUACAACAGCUACCUCAGCGACCGGCUCCCAUUAGACAGGCCCAUAGCAGAUCUCAGACCUACGGGGUGCCGAAACAUCACUUAUGCUCUAAACCUCCCACAAGUGAGCAUCGUUUUCAUUUUUGUGAAUGAAGCCUCGUCUGUCAUCCUGCGGUCCAUUCACUCCGCCAUUAGCAGGACGCCCUCCCAUCUUCUCAAAGAGAUCGUUCUGGUGGACGACAACAGCAAUAACGAAGAGCUGAAGGAGAAACUGGAGGACUUUGUGUCAAAGACCAACAGCGAGCGUCCCGGAUUCAUCAAGCUGGUGCGGCACGCCAAGCAGGAGGGCCUGAUCCGGUCCAGAGUGAGCGGGUGGCGAGCCGCCACUGCUCCAGUCGUUGCCCUUUUCGAUGCCCACGUGGAGUUCAACGUUGGCUGGGCUGAACCCAUUCUUCAGAGAAUUAAAGAGGACAGAACUCGCAUAAUCUCCCCUUCGUUUGAUAACAUCAAGUACGACACGUUUGAGAUUGAGGAGUAUCCGCUGUCUGCCCAGGGCUUUGACUGGGAGCUGUGGUGUCGCUACCUCAACCCCCCCAAGUCUUGGUGGCACGAGGGGAACAAAAGUGCUCCCAUCCAGAGCCCCGCCCUGAUUGGCUGCUUUGUGGUGGACAGGCUGUACUUUGAGGAGAUAGGUCUGCUGGAUGAAGGCAUGGAGGUGUACGGGGGAGAGAAUGUGGAGCUGGGCAUCAGGGUGUGGCAAUGUGGCGGCAGUGUGGAGGUCCUUCCUUGCGCUCGCAUCGCCCACAUUGAACGAGCUCACAAACCGUACACGGAGGACCUGACAUCUCACGUGCGACGUAAUGCCCUCAGAGUCGCAGAAGUCUGGAUGGAUGAGUUUAAGAGUCAUGUUUACAUGGCCUGGAAUAUUCCUCAGGAGGACUCGGGCAUUGACAUUGGCGACAUCUCGGAAAGGAAGGCUCUGAGGAAGAGGCUGCAGUGUAAAACCUUCAGAUGGUACCUGGUCAACAUCUACCCUGAGAUGAGGAUGUACAGCGAAACUGUUGCAUAUGGCGUACUGAAAAAUUCUCUGAAGAAUGAUGUGUGUCUGGAUCAAGGGCCUGAAAAUGACAACGUUCCCAUUAUGUACCUCUGUCAUGGAAUGACACCACAGAAUGUGUACUACACCAGAACUCAGCAGCUUCUGGUGGGUCUCCUUAGUCCCACUGUUGACGAUGAUGACAACAAGUGCCUAGUGGACGUGAACAGCAGACCACGCCUCAUCGAGUGUGGCUAUGCCACAGCCAAACGCAUGAAACUGCACUGGUUCUUCACUCAGGGAGGAUCUAUUCAGAACAGAAAAUCAAGAAGAUGCUUGGAGCUUGUAGCAAAUAGUGACAACGAGUUUGGUUACCAACUCUCUCUACAGAAAUGCACUGGACAGAAAUGGUUCAUCACAAACGUGUUGUAUAGCAAUUCCCCAUGAGCACACCCGACUGAGUUUGUGUCUAUACUAUCUGUGAGUGUAAUUCUGCAUUCCAAAUGCUUGGAAAGUAGAAAACAUCACACUUGGAAAUUCUAACGUCAGCCUUCCAUACAUUCUAAUCAAAGAUAAACUCAAGAAACACAUGGCUGAUGACCUUGAUCAGUGCGUCAUGAGCAUUCGAGCUCCAACCUCCAAAAACAAACGCAAACCAUGUUCAUAUUGUUUAACAUGAAAAUUGAAAUAAUUCCAGAAAUGUGAAAUGGACAAACUCGAGUAUGUACUCUGACAUUAAAGUGAAAGUAAACCCCAAAAUUUUCUUUGUAAUAAUAUGUUCUGUGCAGCCCAACUCAUCAAUACACUGAUUGUUUUGGUCGCGUCACGAGAUGAAUAAAAACUGAUUAAUUUUGCUGCUUAACUUAUAUUCGACAAACGUAAUGUUGAUUAGAAUACCCUGUUUAAACUAUUGGGGGCACAUACAGCAUAUUACUCUAAAUAAAUUUUUGGGGUUGAUAUGCCCU